AUGAGCAGUAGCAAGCGCCAAGCCACGACACCGCCGACGGUCCUGGGCCUCGACCACGUCCUUGUGGACAUCGCCCGAUACAUCCCUGCUGCCAAGGGCGUCAUGGCCUUCCUUGCUGCGCUUCCGGCCUCGUCGCGCAGCGUCCCGCUGGCCGCGCUCUACAUGCUGCUUCAAGACCCCCGGCGACAUGUUCUGGCAACGGAGUCGGAGCCUGUGGAUGCGCUCUGGCCUCUCCUGCACCUGGAUCUGAUCACGCCUGCAGCCGCGAGUCUGGUGCGCGACGCGCUUCCACUCUUCCCGUGCGCCAGUGCUGGUACCUUGAACGCCGCUCGACCCAGCGGCCUCGACGCCUUGGAGUGGCUUGCGCUGUGGAGCUCCAAGCUCACACACUACAAGCACGUUGAAGACGACGUUGUCUACGACCGGUGCCAGCUGUGUGCUAUCUUGCGUCAGUGCUUCAAGCUCCGAGUCGUCGACACGAGCCGUGCGAUCGACGCUUCGUCGGCCAUUGCGUUCUUCGAGGCUGUCACGACGCCUCUCCACGGCGCCCGGCCUCUCGCGAUCACUAGCUCGCAGCCUGCAUCGAUUGUCGACUUCAUCUUGAUGUCGAUGGCCGACUGGAUCCGCCGCGGUGCAUGGAAGAUCACAUUCUUCGAUGGCAGCAUCCGAGACGCCCAAGCGUUGGUGCUGGCUGCAGCGCUGCCUCGUACAACGAGCGCGCUUGGCGUCAUGCUUGAAAUCAAACAUGCUCGGCUGACCGUGCAGGGCUACUUGGCCCUGGGCGAAGCGCUUGCGACAUGUCGGCGCGUCUCGAUCGAGCUGCCAUCGACUCGCAGCAGAAAAUUCCGAACCGAGGCGGCCAAGCGCCACAUUCGGUACCGCUACGGUCGCACGACCGAGCGCAUGCGCUGCAUUGUGCUCGAGAGCCCCGUGGCCGGUGCUUAGGCGACAACGUAUCUCCUCGUUCAUUCAUUUUCGUCCAAGUAAAUUAUGAUACAAUAC